CCGCCACCCUCCGCGCUGUCCUGAGUGACAGCUAGCUGCCUCCGCCCAGGCUAGAACCGCUACAACCAGGUUGACUUCUUCCAGCGCCUACCCGCUACCGGGGAGCCGCAGGAAUGACCGACAGUAUCCCCCUUCAACCGGUGCGGCGACAGAAGAGACACGACAGUAAAAACAGGAAUGGAUGCUGCCCAUGGUCAAGUUGCUGUGGCAUGGGGGACUUCCGUCCCCGCACCGUGUGGCUCGGCCACCCAGAGAAGAGGGAACAGCGGUACCCGAAGAAUGUCAUUAACAACCAGAAGUACAACUUCUUCACCUUCCUUCCUGGGGUGCUGUUUAAUCAGUUUAAGUACUUCUUUAACUUGUACUUUUUGCUACUGGCCUGCUCUCAAUUUGUUGAGGAGUUACGCCUAGGUGCCCUCCACACCUACUGGGUCCCUUUGGGUCUUGUUUUGUUUAUCACCAUCACGAGGGAGGCAAUUGAAGAGAUAAGGUGCUACCUUCGAGACAAAGAAGUAAACUCUCAAGUUUACAGCAAGCUUUCUAAAAGAGGCACAGUGAAGGUUAAAAGCAGUGGCAUUCAAGUGGGUGACCUAAUAAUCGUGGAGAAGAACCAACGUGUCCCCGCUGACAUGAUCUUUCUGAGGACUUCUGAGAGAAAUGGAUCCUGCUUCCUGCGAACUGACCAGCUGGAUGGAGAGACAGACUGGAAACUGCGCCUCCCAGUGGCCUGCACGCAGAGGCUGCCAACUGCCGCAGACCUUCUUCAGAUCAGAUCAUAUGUAUAUGCAGAAGAACCAAACAUUGAUAUUCAUAACUUUAUUGGAACUUUCACCAGGGAAGAUGGCGACCCCCCAGUUAACGAAAGCCUCAGCAUUGAGAACACCCUGUGGGCCAGCACAGUUGUUGCUUCUGGCACGGUGGUGGGGGUUGUGAUUUACACAGGCAAGGAGCUGCGGAGCGUCAUGAACACCUCCAACCCGCGACACAAGGUGGGUUUGUUUGACCUGGAGGUGAACUGUUUGACCAAGAUCUUGUUUGGGGCACUGGUCGUUGUGUCACUGGUCAUGGUGGCCCUUCAGCACUUCGCUGGCCGUUGGUACCUCCAGAUCUUCCGCUUCUUACUCCUCUUCUCCCACAUUGUACCCAUCAGUUUGCGCGUUAACCUGGACAUGGGAAAGAUGGUUUUCAGCUGGAUGAUCAAGAAAGACUCCAAGAUCCCAGGGACGGUGGUGAGGGCCAGCACCAUACCGGAGCAGCUCGGACGCAUCUCCUACCUGCUUACUGACAAAACAGGCACCCUUACCCAAAAUGAAAUGGUGUUCAGGCGCCUCCAUCUUGGAACCGUGGCUUAUGGGAUGGACUCGAUGGAUGAAGUACAGAGCCAUGUGUUCAGCGCUUACACACAGCCGACCCAUGACCUUCCAGCCUCCAGGGCUCCUGCAGCCACCAAGGUCCGAAAGACCAUCAGCAGCAGAGUUCACGAGGCUGUGAAAGCCAUCGCCCUGGUGCACAACGUGACGCCAGUGUACGAAGCCAACGGUGUGACGGACCAGGCUGAGGCAGAGCAGCACUACGAAGACACAUGCAGGGUGUACCAGGCGUCCAGCCCAGACGAGGUGUCGCUGGUGCAGUGGACAGAGAGUGUUGGGCUGACUCUGGUGGGAAGAGACCAAUCCUCCAUGCAACUACGGACCCCUACUGGUCAAAUUCUGAGCUUCACCAUCCUCCAGAUAUUUCCCUUCACCUACGAGAGCAAAAGAAUGGGGAUUAUAGUGCGAGACGAAUCGACAGGAGAGAUAACUUUCUACAUGAAGGGUGCUGAUGUGGUGAUGGCAGGCAUUGUGCAGUACAACGACUGGCUGGAAGAGGAGUGUGGAAACAUGGCGAGGGAAGGCCUGAGGGUCCUUGUGGUCUCCAAGAAGUCGCUGACAGAGGAACAGUAUCAGGAUUUUGAGGCGCGGUACGUCCAGGCCAAACUCAGUGUUCAUGACCGCUCCCUGAAAGUAGCCACGGUGAUCGAGAGCCUGGAGAUGGAGAUGGAGUUGUUGUGUCUGACCGGGGUGGAGGACCAGCUCCAGGCCGACGUCAGACCCACCCUGGAGAUCCUCCGCAACGCAGGCAUCAGGGUUUGGAUGCUGACAGGUGACAAGCUGGAAACUGCCACAUGCACCGCUAAGAAUGCCCACUUGAUCACCCGCAACCAGGACAUCCACAUCUUCAGACAAGUGACGACAAGAGGGGAAGCCCACCUGGAGCUCAACACUUUCAGGAGAAAACAUGACUGCGCUCUGGUGAUAUCGGGGGACUCGCUCGAAGUUUGUCUGAAAUAUUACGAGUAUGAGUUCAUGGAGCUUGCGUGUCAGUGUCCCGCUGUGGUUUGCUGCCGAUGCACCCCUACUCAGAAGGCGCAGAUAGUCCGGCUGCUGCAAGAGCGAACAGGCAAACUCACCUGUGCAGUGGGGGACGGAGGAAAUGAUGUCAGCAUGAUCCAGGAAGCCGACUGUGGCGUGGGAGUGGAGGGAAAAGAAGGAAAGCAAGCCUCUCUGGCCGCCGACUUCUCUGUGACUCAGUUCAAACAUUUGGGUCGACUCCUCAUGGUCCACGGUCGGAACAGCUACAAGCGAUCCGCCGCCCUCAGCCAGUUUGUCAUCCACAGAAGCUUGUGCAUCAGCACCAUGCAGGCUGUUUUCUCCUCUGUUUUCUACUUUGCUUCAGUCCCGCUCUACCAGGGAUUUCUGAUUAUUGGUUACUCCACCAUCUACACCAUGUUCCCCGUCUUUUCCCUGGUUUUGGAUAAGGAUGUUAAGUCAGAGGUUGCCAUGCUUUACCCAGAGUUGUAUAAAGAUCUGUUGAAGGGCCGACCGCUGUCUUUCAAGACUUUUCUAAUUUGGGUCCUUAUAAGUAUAUAUCAAGGGAGCAUCAUCAUGUACGGAGCCAUGCUGCUCUUCGAGUCCGAGUUUGUCCACAUUGUCGCCAUUUCCUUCACCUCCCUGAUUCUGACCGAGUUGCUGAUGGUGGCCCUGACCGUUCAGACGUGGCACUGGCUCAUGAUAGUCGGCGAGCUCCUGAGUUUGGCGUGCUACAUUGCUUCACUCGUGUUCCUGCACGAAUUCAUAGACGUGUACUUCAUCACCACGGUGUCGUUCCUGUGGAAGGUGACCGCCAUCACGCUGGUCAGCUGUCUGCCUCUGUACAUCCUCAAGUACCUGCGCAGACGCUUCUCUCCACCCAGUUACUCCAAGUUGACCUCCUAAAAAAAUAAAAAAAUAGAACAUACUCUCUGGCCACGUUUCCUGACAA